AGAGGGGAGCGCAGCAUAGAGUGGAGCUACAGCGGAGCGUAAGCAGCGUGAAAGACGGCGGCGUGCGAGACACUGUCAAGGAGCCCCCUUCUAAAAUCCAGGAGAGUUUGUCCAGCACAGCCCUGAGUUUCCCUCUAGAGAUGUCAGUGAGCCAGCCACAGUCGGGAAGAGGUGUGCCUUGUUUACGUUGCAGAGGGACGUGCAUGGGGUUUGAGCCACAUUCUUGGAGGAAAAUCUGUAAAUCAUGCAAAUGCAGCCAGGAGGAUCACAGCCUGAGCUCAGACAUGGAGGAUGAUCAGAAAAUUGGGCGCCUGCUGUCAGACUCCAAGUAUGCCACGCUCACUGCCCGGGUGAAAGGAGGUGAUGGCAUUCGCAUUUACAAAAGAAACCGCAUGAUCAUCACCAACCCCAUUGUCUCGCGGAAAGACCCCACCUUCGACACCAUCACGUACGAGUGGGCUCCACCAGGGCUCACCCAGAAGCUGGCCAUGCAGUACAUGGAGCUGAUCCCAAAGGAGAUGCAGCCAGUGGCAGGGACAGAUGGGGCGUACUAUCGCCGGCGGCAGCUAAUGAGACAGCUCCCACUGUAUGACCAGGACCCGUCCCAGUGCCGUGGCCUCGCUGAGAGCGAGCUGAAGCUGAUGGAAGACUUUGUGAAGAAGUACAAAGCUGAAGCACUGGGUGUUGGGGAGGUGGCACUGCCAGGCCAGGGUGGCAGUGGGAAAGAGGAGGGGAAGCAGCAGGACAAGAGCAUCACUGCCAGCAAACUCCCCGAGUCCACCAAUGGGGCCCUCGAGAGUGUGCCAGCAGGAGGGCACUAUCGCUGCGAGACCUGCAAGCAGGUGGUGCCAGGGGACUGCCCGGUGGUCUAUGCUGACAGGGCGGGCUACUCGCGGCAGUGGCACCCGGCGUGUUUCGUGUGCUGCCAGUGCUCCGAGCCACUUGUCGACCUCAUCUACUUCUGGAAGAGUGGGGCUGCCUGGUGCGGGCGCCACUACUGUGAGAGCCUCCGGCCACGCUGCGCCGGCUGCGAUGAGAUCAUCUUCUCGGAGGACUACCAGCAGGCAGAAGGGAUGGCCUGGCACAAGAAGCACUUUGCCUGCCUGGAGUGUGAGACGCUGCUGACGGGCAAACCCUUCACUCUGGACAACACCAGCCUCCUGUGUGCAACCUGCAGCAAAAGCAAACGCCUCUGAGCAGGGAGCAGCCCAGGGGCGAAGCAGGCUCCCCAAGGUCCCACCAGAACGGGGGUCAUUUGACAAGUACACGAGAAUGAGAAGGUUAAAAAAAAAAAUUAGAGCCUGGCUAUUCACUUGCAAGCAACUAAGUGCCCCCUUUGCAUCCAAUACAGCUUGCAGGAGAAUAUUUUCUUGGGAAGGAGGCAGAGGAAGCUCAUACGCCUGCAGGUGGGAGGUACAUGGCAUAUCUGACUAGGAGGGACUGAAAAGGAGGGUUUGUGUUGUGCUGUUUUUUUAUUUUUAUAAAGUCUCUCCAAGCUUUUUAUGACUAAGAUCUUGCAAUAGUCUUUUGGAAACAACACAUCUCAAAAGUAACUUUUGGCAUACUAAACCUACAGUCAAAAACAGGGGUUGUUCCUACUUCUUGAAAUCUAUACUGGAAGUGUCCAUUGCAGGCUGCUGACAACUGUGCUAAAGCAAUGGGUUUGAAGAAUUUGAUUAACGCAGGUCAUUACUUUCUGACAGCAAAUGAUAUAAAAUUGCAGCAACGCGUAGCUGUAGCUUUCUCCUCCCGAGUGUACAAUAAUGUAAAAAUAAUGAGUUGGCACACAGGGUGAUUGGUUUAAUCCUGGCAAGAUGGGAAGGGUGUGCAGCUCUGCCCUGGGGCAGCCAACUGGCUCAGCCCAUGUGAGCUUUAGCCCUGUAACUGGAAUGCAAAAGCAUUCCUGGUAGGUCCCAGCGACCAGGCUCCCUGGCCUCUCUCCUGCCUCUGACUGCCUGUUACUGCAGGCGAGUGUAUUUCCACAGAGCAGCAUUGUGUUCUGACCACCACGCUGGAGGUCGUUAAGCAUUUAAAGUAUGGGCCUUUAUUUUGGCUGGGCUUGAUGAGGAAUUUUAUGGAAAACAGCUUUCCAGCCUAAGCUCUCUUGUGGGGGGGAGGCUGUGCCUGUGAAGCUGUGAUGCCAGUUUUUCCCUGCGAUAUGUCAGUGACCCCCUCGGAGUACUGGGGAACCGUACCUUCCCCUUGGAGCUGGCAGCAGCCUUGCCCUGGGCUCUGCCCUGCCUCUUGUUCCGCAGCUCUCCUGGCCCUAGGGAAGGUCCCUGUCACCUCUUGGGUCUGGUAGGGGUGACACCAUCCCAGGAUCUGGUGGUGCGUCUCUGCGGACAGUGUUUGUUCCCUACAUCAAGCGAUGCUUCUGUUAGUCACUGAAAAUAUCAGAUAGUCCAGGCUGGCAGAUGUCUCUGUGCUUGGUCUUUUUUCUUAUAUUAAAUGUCUACAUUAUUUGCCAGAGAACUGGAAUAUUUUUUGCAGAGGGGAGUGUGCAAGGAGCUCACAAUUGCUACGUUUUCUUUCUGCUACAGAAGGCGCUGGUUUCUCUUUAAAGCGUGCUCUCGUGCUGUGGAUGUUUGCUUGCUUAUGGUAAAAUAACUUGCAGGUAAGAGUGGGGAGAAACUGUACCUGCGACAGGGUCAGAGUAUGUGAGCUGUGGGCUGGACUCUGCCAUAUGCAUCGAGGGACGCCCCGCUCUGCUGCUGGGGAGGAGCAGGUCAGGGCCAUCACUGUCUUUGAGUAGGUGAGACCCAUGUGGUGCAAAGACAUACCUGUAUGUGGGAUGUGAGUGCCUCUUACGCUUUGUCCAGACCUGUGCUGUUGUGUGGUUGAUAUUCAUGGAAAUGCUGGGGUAUUUAAAUGAAAUGCUGCUACUGGAGCAGAGCAGGAAGAUCCCAAGGUGGCAGCAACAGCCAAAGCUGCAGGGGUGACAGAGGUGUGUUGCAGGGUAUAGUGGUGGACGUGCUCCUGGGGCUCUUUGUCCAUCUCUGGAGUUAGUCAAUGGAUGUGUUGAGUGCCUCAGAGUGUUGUUUCUGUAAAUUUGGUCAGAUGCUGCAAGUGGAGAGAGGAUGUGUAAACCUGAAGCUGUGCUAGGAAUAAUAGUUUCCUUGGUUCAGCCUUGGAUACUGGCACUUUGGUUAUAAGUAAAGUGGGAAUGGGAAUGAAAAGUCAAGACCACUGCUUAGCUUUAUUGCCUCUUCAUUUUAUUACAAGGGAAAUGUCUUUGCAUCUUUGUAAUUAUUUUUUUUAAGACACUUCGUUGUUCUAAACCCUGCAGUGUUAAGGCAGCCAAAAGUGCAUACACUCUGUGUAAGCAGUGAUAAGAAUAGUGUGAAUCACCUAUGAAACACUACUUCAGCACAGGCAUUAACAUCCGAACAGCAUUCCCUGAUGGAAAGUCAGUGUCCAUUUGUGCACACAGCUGGUUACCUCUUGGAGUAAUUUGCCUGUGAGGUAGGUGCACAGCCGUUGCACAGGUGUCUAGAAGAAAAUUAAAUGGGCGGAAGGAGCCCAGAAUAUCCGUGUUUCUAAAAGUGAAACACUAUUAACUAAACUGCUGCCAUCACAGAGAACUCAACAGCAGCUGCAGUCUUCUCCCUCAGUGUUUUUGGUUUGCUUUGCCUUGGCUGGCUGUGUGGUCCUUGUGGGGUUUGCGAUAAAAUGAGCACAGGGGAGGUGUGUGGGGAAAGGGGAUCGCCCUUCACAAACAGCCAGGGUUAAAAACCAACAGAGACUCCAAGGGAGGCAGCGGAGAAGAGGUGGCUUUUGUUUUCUCUGCUGCAGAAGAAUGUGCGUGGUGGGAGCUUGAGGAAAUGUCAGAGUGGAGGCAGGGGGAGCGGACAGGGUUUUGGAGGGAGCGCUGGCACCACAGCUAACGCCGAGACCGGAGCCUGCCUCCACGUCCAGCACUGCGUCACUGUCCCCUGCCAUGGUGGGUGGCACUCCCUUUGUCCUUGCUCCCAGGGGCUUCAGGGCCAGAGCUGGGUCACCCCCAGCAUCCCCCCUGUGGUGGUGCAGCCUCCAAAUGAGAGCGAGCGAGUCUGCUUUACGUACAAGGGCUGUCCUUGGUGACAUACUUCUGUUGGGCUUAUUUUACUGAACUGUGACUGCAGCCUGCACAUAGUAGCAUCAACUUCUUGCACAGUCCAUCUCCGUUAACACAGUCCUCCAUCGCUAAUGCCUUGAUUCGGCUACUUGGAAAAAAAAAGAUGCCACUGUAGUGUGUUCUAGUUCGGGUUUUUAUUUUGUGAUCUAUAAGUUGUCAUUCUCUUCUGAAGUCUGAAGUCCCUGUUUCAGCAUACACAUGCUUGCUUCGGGCUUUUUGGACUGCUGGCAUCCACUCAAACCUUUUGGGUAUUUCUGCAGCUGGCAAAAUACUGUCUGCUAAAAAAUUUACUGCAAUUAAACAGCUUAACGAAAUCCUGUGCCUCUCAAGUGUCAGGAGCAAAAGCGUGAAAUUAAUGCAUCUAACAGCUCAAAAGAUAUGCAAGUCUUCAGUUUUGAUACUGAAAUUCAGUGUAAGCAUGAGACUCAACCCCAAGUGAAGACGUUACGCUGUGUUUUGUUAUGGUUUAUCAUCUAGAAUGAAGGAGGCUGCUGCAGCUGCCUUCUGCAGGUCACGAGCUCUGGUUUUCAUGAAAGUUAAAUUCACAGGGGUGUGCUGGCCUAGCGGAGAGCCAGCUGUGAGCAAGGAACGGAGGGGCUGCCCAGAAAAUGGAUAAAAAUGGAAGUAUUUCCCAGGGUGACUGUGUAUCACGGGAACAGGCUAAGGGUAAAGACUGUGUUGUGUGACUAUUUGAAAAGCAUCUUGUGCCACAGCUGUGUCCAGUCCAUUGUUUCAAAUAAAAGCUCCUGUGCAAAGACCACCGUA